UACUGUGUGAGCUGUGAUUGGUCACAGCUUGUCACAUGGUACAAGGCUCUUGUGAUAGCCUUGUACCAUGUGACCUCUGUGAUCAUUCACAGAUUUCACAUGUAGUAAGCAAUGAUGUCACAAGUGACAUCUUGCUUACUACUUCUGCAUGUGAUCACUGACUGGCCAAUCAGUGAUCACAUGAUCGGAACCUCACACAGAGGUCCUGUCCCGAUGAUCGGUGUUCAACUGUGUCCGGAGGAGCGCGCACAAGCAGGGUGUGGGGAGGCCGUUUAUAAACGGCCACCUGACCUGCACUGCCACCGUCCGGCCGGGCCGUUUAUAUACAACAGCCAGACGGGAAGUGUGGAAAAUUGGCCUGGACAGGAAGGGGAU